AUGCCUCCAAAGUCCGGAAAGAAGGCGGCGCCAGCCCCAUUCCCCCAGUCCAAAGCUGGUGCGGGAGCAAAAAAGGCGGCCAAGAACCCUCUCAUCGAGAAGCGUACCCGUAACUUCGGUAUCGGUCAAGACAUCCAGCCAAAGAAGAACCUUUCCCGUAUGGUGAAAUGGCCCGAGUAUAUCCGUCUUCAACGCCAAAAGAAGAUCCUCAACAUGAGAUUGAAGGUCCCACCUGCGAUCGCUCAAUUCCAACACGUUCUCGACCGUAACACCGCCGCUCAAGCCCUUAAGCUCCUCAACAAAUACCGCCCAGAGAGCAAGGCCGAGAAGAAGGAACGUCUCUUGAAGGAGGCUACCGCCAUCAAGGAGGGAAAGAAGAAGGAAGAUGUCAGCAAGAAGCCAUAUGCCGUCAAGUACGGUCUCAACCACGUUGUUGGUUUGAUUGAGGCUAAGAAGGCUUCUUUGGUUCUCAUCCCUAACGAUGUUGACCCAAUUGAGUUGGUUAUCUUCCUUCCAGCUUUGUGCAAGAAGAUGGGUGUCCCUUACGCCAUCAUCAAGGGUAAGGCCAGACUCGGCACGGUCGUUCACAAGAAGACCGCUGCUGUUCUCGCCAUUACUGAGGUUCGCUCAGAGGACAAGACUGAGUUGUCGAAAUUGGUUCAAGCCAUUAAGGAUGGACAUGAUGAGAGCGCCACCAGACACUGGGGUGGUGGUAUUAUGGGUGCCAAGGCUAAUGCCCGCACUGAGAAGAGCCGCAAGGCUCUUGAGAGCGCUAUCAAGAUCUAA